CCAAUAUCGACUGUAGGGAUGUGGUCUCCAAGACCUGCUGCGUUAGUCUAUCGAAUGUCGAGGAAUUUUGGACGGCGAUUUUUGCUGUCUAAAGCUUUUGCUCUUGAAAAUGAAUGGUCAUCUAGGCAUUCUGAAUUGACAAAGUUAGGACUUGGCGGCGAUUAUGAGUGGAUUGGCGCUGUGCAGAAGAAGUUUGUGGGUGGAAGUGCUGCUAGUGCCAUCGACGUUGACGCGGCAGUCUGCAUAGCGGAACAAAAAGAUCAGGUGGACGACGUCAUAGAUUUGAUUUACAAAUUGCGGCACAGUGAAAAUGCUGCUGACUUGCCUCCUUCUGCCGAGUACGCCCUGGUGCGACUGCUCCUACGAUAUGAUCCUUCAUUUCUGUUCAAGCUGGCAAAUGAUCCGAUCAACUACGGGGUAUUUAUGAAUGAACAUGCGGCUUGCCUUGCCAUCGACCAUUUUAUCAACGCGGAAGACUUUGGAGGCGCUGCACGGCUUUCUGCCUGGGUGAUGCAGCAAGAGAUGACUGAAAAUGAGCUUUUAAAUCUCCUCGCUUUAUAUUCUUGCGCAAAAUGGGCAGAAUUGCCCCCAGAAAAACAAAUCAUGCCAUUUGAGACGACUGAAGAAGAAGAUGUCAAUGACGAUGACGUGAAAACAUUCAAAUUUCCUUACCUCAAGAACGCUUAUUUCGACUCACAUUUCGAUCUCACUGAUCCGCACCAAUUGGCUGGUAAAACAUUACUUUGGGUAGCCCGGGAUUCAAAAUGCCUACCAGAUCCACUACGGGAGUCACUCAGGUUUCUCGGAGCGGUGCUUUACCAGAGAUUUGAUCUCGCUUCUUCGUUAGCCUCGGCAUCUAUACAUAGCGGUGCUGCUGGAGUAGUGCGACAAUUGUUUACUCCAAAAGAAGGGGAAGAACGAACAGAGAUGCAAGAACAGAUCCUUGAAAAACUGAGUGGAUGUGCUGCUUCUGAAGAGACUCUAAGUUCCGCAGUGCACGCAAUUCUUGAAAAAAUUCUCGAAAAAGAGGAAGAAACGCUCGCUAAGAAACAAGCAGAAGAAUUUCGUAGCUGGCAUAAACGACGACAAGACCUCAUAUCAGCACAAGCCGAUCGUCUACUAUUAAAGAUCCGUGCUGAAGAGGUUGCGAAAGAGUUAGCAAAUUUGGAACAUGAAACUGAGAAGCUCACGUUCUUUGACAAUAGGUUGAAGUGGGAAAAGAAGGCCGCGCAAAACGCGGAGAUUAUCCAACAAACAUCCGAGAGUAGAAGUGAAGAAGCAACAAGUCAGAAGUGA